AUGAGCGUCGUCGCCAGUAGACACGAGACCGCUGCUGCGCCCUAUUCGACAAUGCCCCAUCAUGGACAGGUUCAAAACUAUAAGGAUGCUGCCUACGGAGUGACAGUACAGCAGAUUCCUUCACGAAAUUCUUCCAUCUCUUCAUUCAAAAGCAAUUACACCGUUUCGACUUCCCCUACAUCCUAUUCCCCUUCCUCGCCCACUUCUUCAUAUCGUCUUUGCGACUCUGCUGCUUCGCUGGACAAGAUUCUGGAGCCGGUCUUCAAGCGUCUACCCCACGAGGUAUAUGAUGGCAUUCUCAAUCAACUACAGUUUCUGCAUACAGGCCCAAACCAGUCGGGUUGUUUGACAUGCUUUCAUCGUGACCUGUAUGCUCUUUCCUUGACUUGUCGAGUAUGGGAAAGAGUGGUUCGACCCAAACUCUAUACUCGCAUUCACAUCAUCGGAAAUGAUUCUCCUGCGCAGCUGAAAAAGUAUCGGAUGAAAAGGGGCAGCCGCCUAAAACUUUUGAGACGAACCCUCCGCGAAAGGAAAUCGCUGGCCAACCUUGUCCUGGAGCUCCGUGUUCCGCAGAUGGACCUUCUCUUCACAACAAGCAAGCACAGCAACCAAUGGGAAGAAUACCGAGACCUUGUCGCCUCCGUUGUUAUGGUGUGCCCCAACCUUGAACGGUUGUUGGGUUUGACCAUCACGUACAACCAUGAGUUCGAUCGUCUGACCCAUGCACUAUCGACACGGAAGAAGCUCAAGGAACACACAUGGAUCUUGGGAGAGGGGCCGGAGGUCUCCGAGGAGGAGUCUCCGCGCAACACUUCUUGUCCGGGCAGCUUGGGUCCUCUGCAGAUGUUUGAGUUUCUGGAUUACCAUGCUUCCUGGUCGAAUCUUGAGACACUGAUGCUCCAUGCGUUGAACGGGAAAAGUGCCCUCGAGCCGAGCAUCUUCCUUCGCAUGUUCCACCUAUUACCCUCGCUGCGUCAUCUUUGCAUCUCAUCAUUUGAUGCGGAUGCCUUCGCCGAUAGUGCUUUGCUGUGUCUACCGCCACUGGAGUCCCUUCGGCUGGAACGCCUGCCAGGCAUCACUGAUACCGGACUAUCACAGUAUACCUCCCGGCCGGAGUCCGGCUCGCUGAAGUCCCUGGCUCUUAUUGAACAGAACAUCCAAUCCUUGCUUGUAAUUUCAAAGAUCUUAGCAUCGCUUAGAAAUCUGGAGCGUUUCAAGAUCGUGCAGACCGGCCAUUGUCCGACGUUAAACGCUGAUGGGAUUGUUUUCCAGCCGCUGUUUGCGUCGUCCAGUCUCAAGCAUCUGCAUUGGGAUCUCUCCUGUCCCAAUCCGAAUACUGCCCUGACGAGAUUAGACUGUGCCCCAUUCGCCAAGCCACCAAAGCAUGUUGACACACCAAACUCGCAUUUAGCUCAAAGCAUUCUGUGCUCGGGUUUCCCCUGUCUGGAGACCCUUCGAGCACCCUCAGAUAUAGAGCCUCCCGGAAUACUCCAGGCUGUCUGCCAGCCUAUUCCUAGAGGGCAGGCCCUGAUCAAUUCUGACCGAUACAGCCUGCCUCGGAGCUCUCAUGGCUCUGUUAACACCCGCCCAUUGGCCCUCCCAGCGGGCAACAAUCUAACAUCGGCACGAAUACGGGCGCAGACCUUCAUUGACAUGGCUGCCAAGGAUACGGAAACCGGAAUGCAAGUUCUCAUCACUGAUCACUCCGAUUCAUAUGUACCCGACAAUGCCUUGGAGGAUGCUUCAGAUGAUGAGCCUGAUCCAGGCAUGGGUCAGUACGGAUCGCUGUCCUCUGGAAGGGCAAAGGAAGAGCCCAAUGGGCCAGUCACAGUGUUCAACUUCCGAAUGCCAGCGUAUAUGGGCCGAGUGGGUAGUAGAACGACGGAGAAAGAUGUCUCAAUCCCUCGAUUCAUACUCCGCCCCGACCUACCUGGCCAGGACGCAGAUGGCGGCCUCAUUGGAUGGAAGCACAUCCUUGCCUCAAACCAGUCGUUGACCUACGCUGCCGGAGUCGGAGUCAACUGUUUCGGCAGCAAAGGUAGCUUGAUUCCCCCUCCGCCUCCCGAAGAAUCACCGCCAUCCCCCGCUUCCACGACUGUCACGAGAUUUGGAUGGGGCAGCAUUGGUAGUCGCUCAGCGUUGGGAACAAGUCCUAUCACACCGACGACGCCGUCUACUCCCAUGAGCCUGUCGUCUCCGACCGGGCUUCCCUGGGACAAGGAUACUUGUACUGGAUCCUGGAAUUACAGUCACAAGAGAGGCAGGGACUGGUGGUUCCAUAUGGAACGCGAUCGUCCGGGAAGUGUUGAAAUUGUCGAUGUCAAAGGUCUCUUCUGA